GGGGAGAAGGGUGUGUGGGGUGAGGAGGAAGGAGAGAGUCUGGGAGCAGAGGGCGCGAGAAAAGAGAGCAGGACCCAAGCGCCGUGCUUUCUAGCUCUCCGCCAGCCCAACCCCCAACUCAGUUCCACCAGGAAGCUUUGCUGCUCUUAAGGAGCCGGAGUAACUCAGGCUGCUGCUCUCUCCUUGUCCCACCUGCCGUCUCGGAGGCUGUCGCCUCUGCCGGGAGUUUCCUGCGGAGCUGGCGCUCUGGCGGAGAUAGCCCGCGGCGGCGCCCAGGAGCUUCUGCCCAUGAAUGGGACUCCGCCCUGAGCGCCCCCUCCCGGUCCAGGGGAGGCGGCGGGGGGCGCCCCGCGAUCCCGCGGCUCCCAGCCUCCUCCGGAGCAGCAAGUUGGGGCGAGUUGGUGGCCGCCAGUACCAGCCUCCUGUCCCUGGACCCUGAGUCCGUGCGCUGGGCCGGGGGAGCCCAGGUGGCGCGCGCGACCGCCUCCCUCCGUCGCCCAGGGCGGCCUAGGGACCCUGCCUUCGCCGGGGCGCCAGACCAUGGUGGGCAGCUGCGACCCAGAACCGCAGCCGCCGCGAGCCAACGUCGCCCUCCACCAGCCCCCGCCCCACCCGAGCGGACGCGCGGGGGCUCGCAGCAGCGCGCGGUCACUUCCUUCCACGGCUGGGAUGGGCGGCGCGGGACCGAGCGAGCGGCCCAGCGUUGGCCGGGUAACCCCUAUCUGAGCUGCGGCCGGGAGCUGCCGACCUCCGGGGCGCGCGAGCCUGGGGUCCGGGAGGCGCGGCGAUGACCUGAUCCCGAGCCCUGCCAGGGCGCCCGUCCCUCGCUGCCCCGGCUCGCUCGGAGCCCGCGCGGAGACCGGCUCGGUGCGGCGGCCCGGAGCGCACGGUGGCAGCGAGCACCGGUGAAAGGCGUGUGGGCGCCGAGCUGGGGAGGACACCUUCGGCAGCUCUGCCUUUCGAGGGGCUUCUGUAAACUACUGAGUCAUUCCAGAUCUAGGAUUUUCCUAAAUAAUCACCAACUGUGCCCGUCUCGUGCCGGAACGCAGGCAGAGAGAGAGAGAGAGAGAGAGAGAGAGAGAGAGAGAGAGAGAGAGAGAGAGAGAGAGAGAGAGAGAGAGAGGGCGCCAGCUCUCGGGACCCCGCGGAUCCCCAGGGUGCUUGGCCCUCGAGGAUCUCCCUCCCUCCCACUGCUCCUUCCCCCCCUCCCCUCGUCUCCCGCUCUCUUUGCAGUGUUGCUGGAGGAGAGGCGCGCUCACCGCAGCUGCAAACAGCUGCCCCCGCCCCGCGCCCCUACUCCGAGUCUGGCUAACCGCUCCCAUUUCUCGCCUCUUGGAAUUCCAGAAGUGGGGAGGCCGGCCCCCCCGCCCCGGGAGAACCGCAGCCGGUGCGAUGCAUUUCGUAGACCUCACCCAGCUGGGACGGACCUCCUAAUCUUCAGAACCGCGGGCCACAGGGAGUUAAAUUGCUGCCUUCCCCUUCUCUGUCGCGGUUGGUGGUUCGUUUUCUAAAGGAACGUUUUAUUCACUUUUUAGUAUAUAUAUAUAUAUAUAUAUAUCAAGCCAGGGGCACGCAUCUCGCCUCGCUUCAGACUCUGCCUUGUAAACGGGUUUUCAAUGUAUUUAUGUGUAGGUAUACUUUGGACACCUUACAACGCUUGCGCCUCUCCAACCGGGGCACGGCUUGUUAUUUUGGACAUCUUUCCCCCCUUUCCGCUUGGCACCCUGAACGCAGUGUGACCAAACUCUCCACUGCCCUUUGGACUUGGAUCGCCUUGGCGUACAAGUUUGGGGUACAAACGUCUACUUCGCAGGAAGGCCUGGGACCGCCCCGCCCCCGCCGCCAGUGGUUGGGGAAGUUUACAUCUGGAUUUUCACACAUUCUGUUGCCACUGCCCAGACUCUGACUAACAUUGUGGGCUCCAGAUUUUCGAUACUGCGACCUUUUCAAACGUUAGCACUGCCUCCCCGCUCCUGCCCUAUUCCUUCAGGCCCCCCGAGGUCCUGCCCUCAUCCCGGCGGAGCACAAACCCGAGGGCGCAGUGGAGCCCGGGGCCUCGGGCCCGCGCUGAGCAGCUAUGGCUGCGGCGAUAGCCAGCUCCUUGAUCCGGCAGAAGCGGCAGGCGAGGGAGUCGAACAGCGACCGGGUGUCGGCCUCCAAGCGCCGCUCCAGCCCCAGCAAAGACGGGCGCUCCCUGUGCGAGAGGCACGUCCUCGGGGUGUUCAGCAAAGUGCGCUUCUGCAGCGGCCGCAAGAGGCCGGUGAGGCGGAGACCAGAACCCCAGCUGAAAGGGAUUGUGACAAGGUUAUUCAGCCAGCAGGGAUAUUUCCUGCAGAUGCAUCCAGAUGGUACCAUUGAUGGGACCAAGGACGAAAACAGCGACUACACCCUCUUCAAUCUAAUUCCUGUGGGACUGCGUGUGGUGGCCAUCCAAGGAGUGAAAGCCAGCCUCUACGUGGCCAUGAACGGAGAAGGCUAUCUCUACAGCUCAGAUGUUUUUACUCCAGAAUGCAAAUUUAAGGAGUCCGUGUUUGAGAACUACUAUGUGAUCUAUUCUUCAACCCUGUAUCGCCAGCAGGAGUCAGGCCGCGCCUGGUUUCUAGGACUCAAUAAAGAAGGUCAAAUCAUGAAGGGGAACAGAGUGAAGAAAACUAAACCCUCCUCUCAUUUUGUACCAAAACCUAUUGAAGUGUGUAUGUACAGAGAACCAUCACUACAUGAAAUUGGAGAAAAGCAAGGACGUUCAAGGAAAAGUUCGGGAACACCCACCAUGAAUGGAGGCAAAGUCGUGAAUCAAGAUUCUACAUAGCUGAGAACUUGUCUUAUCGUCCCUCUCCUCCCUCUCCCUUCUUCUCUCCUCCCUUUUCCCAUUUUCUCCAAUAAAUUCACCCAACAAGAGAAAAAAUAAAAUAAAACAGCAUCACAGGACUUAGUAGCUGAGAUUCUGCACUCAAAAUCUUCCUUUGUGUAGGACAAGAAAAUUGAACCAAAGCUUGCCUGUUGCAAUGUGGUAGAAAAUUCACAUGCAUAAAAAUUAUUGCACAUAAAAGAAAAGGAAAAAAAAUAAAUCAGGACUCCACAAACAUUAAAUUUAACUGUGUUGUUAUUAACAGAGGGCUAAUUGUAAUGAAGACACGACUAUAAUGCAAACAAAAUGCAGUCACUGAGUGAAUGGAAAGGUUUUGAGAAAGCCACUAAAACUGUUGUUGAACUGUAAAUUCUUUUAAGUUCUAGAGAAUUCUGUGAUGUGCAGUUUUGUUUCAUCUUUGUAUUUCUUUAGACUUCUGAAAGUUGUACACAACUACAUCCUGCUUCUAGGAUAUUAUUUUAAUCAUGAAAUUGAAGAUGUCAAAAUUAUAUUCUUUUAAUGUCUAUCAGACAUAUAGCUAGGGGCCAUUUAGCAUGAAGAAAAGUUUUAAAUGUUAUUCUUGAUGAUGAUAAUAUUUUUUUAUUUUAGUAAAGGAAAUUUUUGUGUUGAAUUUAAUCACAUCAGCUGAUUUAAUUCCUUUCUAAAGAGUUUCACAUUCUUCAAUGAGAAUGUUAUAUUUUUAUCUAGGUAGUGAUCUGGGAUUUCAUUAUUUUUUUAGACAUUUAGUAAAAAAAGGCUUUUAUUGUGUUACUGAGGAAACUUAGGGAAUCCUCUACACCUGGUGAAGAAGCACAGGCUCCUUGCUUUCUCGAUUCAGUCUUAGUGUUUAUUUGUGGGUAUCUUUGAGUGUGUACAUGUGUGUCUAGAUGUCAAAAAAAAGUUGGUUGUUUUGUGUUUGUUGCUUUUUGUUUUGUUUUUACCAUAAUUUGCAACAGGAGAGAAGGAAGACGGGUUUUACAGAAGGAAAUAAGUCUGAGACAUAGAGUCAAAGCAAAUUUAAAUUGCAUUUUUUACAUUGCCAGAAUUUUGCUUGUAGAUUGUUUUCCAAACUCUAUGAGAAAUUUGGAGUGCAUGGCUGUGAAAUUCAUUACUUAUCAUCUAUGAAGACAGUGGCUUGUUUGCUGGGGUUAUCCACACAGAUAAGCCCAGUUUGCAAUAAUUCUAUGUUCUAGAAAAACAGAAGGUAACUAGUCAAACAUGGACAUUUCAAGAGACAGGGAGAGGAAAAAAAUGUGGAACUGACAGCUUUGAUUCCAAUAGAUAGGGCUUUGUGGGUGGGUUUGUACAGAAAAAAAAAAACAACAAAACAAAACAAAAAAACAACCUCCAAGUGAAAGCAAGCAAACACAGUUAGGAACACUGAAGUACUAAAAAACAUUAGCAAAGAUAUGAAGCUAUACCAUGGCAUUGGAAUUACUACAUCUACUCAGCCCUGGAAACCAGCAAUGGUGUAGAGACAUCCAAAUUAAAACAAACCAAACCAGAAUGUUAAGAAUGUUUGCAGAUUUAUGGAUAUCAUAGUGAGAAGACUUAGCAUGUGACUUCUCCUAUACCUCUACUGUCCAGCAUGUAUUGUCCCAACUAUGCCUCCCUAAAAUACAUAUUUUGCAGAAGAUCUACGCCCUCACCUCAAACUUUCCCAUUGGUUGCUGUAUUCUUUCGAGGUUAAUGUAGUGUCUCCACUCUACACAAUCAUUAUUCUUUAAUGUGAUUCUUGUUCUAUCAAGUAUCCUAUUUAUGUUCUCUGGAGGGUGGCAGAAAAUGUGCUGGAGGAGUUUUCCCAUAAAUAUAGGAAGAAUAGAGUUUAUGCACAGAGACAAGGCUUUUGGAAAUAUUUUAAAUCAGAAUACAUGGAAAGUGUCAGAUUUUUUUAAAUAUAUAUAGGAAUGUUAGGAAAAGAAUAACCAUGUAAAGAUACAAAUUCAGAAGUUGUAUUCAUUGUCACUCUUGAUCCAACUUGAUUAUACAUAUACCUGUCACUUCCAGGACCAAACAAAUCCCAAGCACAAAGCCUUAUUUUCAUUGAAAAAAAAAAUAAUGAGGCUUCAACAAAAUGCGUCAUGGGCUCCUUUAGAGGGAAGUGCCUGGAGUUUUUAAGGUGAUGUGUUUACUUAACCAUAAUGUAGGUGAGGGUUCACAAGAAAUGUAAUUGAUGGAAAUCACAGAUGCCCAUCUCAUUUAUAAUGAUAGAAAUUUAAUCUCGUUAUUCAUGAAAAUAUACUGAUACUAAUCUCUAAUAAAGUCCCUUCUCUAUUUUUAGUGGUUGUCCAUCAUUCAUCAUCCGGAACACCUUUGUCCCUAUCCUGUCAAUAUUUAAAAGAGAUCUUUUGAAUCACUCAAUUUGUCUCUAGUUUUUCCUCCACAUCAUAUUAAGGAAAUGUAGAUGUGCUUUGGAAAUUAACUUUCCUUUAUUUACACCUGAUUUUGAGAAAAAAUAAUUGAAAGCCUCACAUUCCUUUUAUUCAUAAACCUGAAAAAUGUGGUUUAGAGAGCACAGGGUGGACAUUUGCUCACUCUCUGGUUGCUUUUUAAGUACAUUGAAAUCAUAACUAGAACCAAUAUUUACUGUUUUAACCUUUAAAAUGCAUGAAGAAAUAUAAAUAUGUAAUUAUUCAAUUUCCUUUAAAAAAUGAGUCAGUUUCAAUGAUUGUUUUUCAGCUUUAUUCCAAGUAAUAUUUCUUCACUGUGAUAGUCUUUGUUCAAUUUUCUGGCAACAUAGAAACUCAUACAACUCAUCUCUCACCUGUUCUUUGAUUGUGGUAAGGGUUUGCUUUUUGUUGUCUCUAAAACAAUGGAAGGGGAUAGUCCCAAGAAAGGACUGUAGUGCAGAACUGUGGGAGCCCUUUUGCUUUUGAAUGGGCUUGACAAUGGAAACAAAACUUCUGUGAUUCUCACAAAAUGGCUCACUGGUCAAUAUUCUUUACUUGAUACUUUAGCUAGAUGUUUGAGGUCUAGAAACAAAUGGUGCUGAAGUUCCAUCUGCUGACUUAGAGACCUUGUGCUUCAGGAGACUGGAACACAGUAAGCCAUCCUUUUCUUGAUCACAGUGAUAGUUUUGCUUUUGAAUUACAUAUAUGAAGUUCAUAAGACAUUUUUUUCUUAGCCAUGAUAGAUUGGGACAGUGCGUAGACAAUGAUAUAAUAUGACUCUUUAUGGGCCUCAUUUGAAUCCAGAAAUUUAUAAAAUUUAUAAAAAAUAACUCUUCUACCUAAGAAAAUGGCGGUACUGUUGCUAGAUGUUACUUUUUAUUUGGUGAUUCUGUCAUGCACAGAGACGUGUUGAGAUUAUUGAAACAAAAAGAAAGGGUGAAAGUGUAGCUUGGUUGUUGUGUAUUAAAUGGUCUUUAGGUCCAAUCUGGGACCCCUAGUUGCUUAGUGAAGAAUCAUGAUUACUUUAACAGUGAUUUAUGUUUUAAAACAUAGGCCCAAAAAUGAAAAAUCUACCCCCACACCUCGUGGCUUAGUGUACAAGUCCUUGCUUUUGAGAAGGUUUUCCAUGACAAUGCUUGAUUUCCCCUGCACAAGAUGAGACACAGUCAAAAUUAAAAAUUCCCUGCUCAUUUUAAUGCCAUCAAAGGCUGAGGUUAUUACUCUGUCAUAGAUUGUAAAUAGCAUUUUUUAAAGCCAGAAUCACAAUUAAAACUGUGGAUUGUUCUACAAAUAUAUAUGUGUAUAUAUACAUAUGCUUCUGAAAUGAGGAUAUAUUAUAUAAAGUUUUUAUUUGAUCUGUGGUCUUUCAUUAGGUAGUCAAAAUAAAGAGAUUUGAAUGCAAAACUUUAUAUAUAAAUGUAUAUUUCUAAUGAUAGUACAAAUUGCCACUUUAUAAUAAAAAAGAAACAGGUGGGAACAAUACUAAAGCACAUACUACUUCAGAACGUUGGUGAUUUUUAAUCCCCUCUGAUGCAGCGAUAAUGCUUUAAUGUCUAAAAUGUUUCUUAGAAAGCCCUAAAUCCCAGUAGAAAUCUCAAGCUGAGGUUGAAAGUAUGACUAAGAUAGCCAAAGGAAGCAAAAUGCUGAUCUUCAUUAGGACAAUUUGGAGCACAUAUUUAAAAUCAAGAUUUAAAUCCAAAUUGAGUGAAAAUUGCUAAAGUUCAAGGAUGAUAUAUUGAGCGUCAAUGACAAAUAAAAGCAAAAAAGAGAAUACUUCACAUUACAAUAGCAUUAAAGUAAUGUAACGAACAUUGCAUCAUUAGUUUUACUAGCUGGAACCAACGAGCUGAUGUUUCUUUGUCUUUGCUCCAAGCACAAUUUAAUGACAGUAGCAUUCAUUUUACUCAAAGUCGUUUUAAAAUAUAAAAUAUAUAGCCAUGAAUAGAAAUGUUAUUAGCUCCAUUUCAAGGUUAAGUGUUAUAAUCUUAAUAAAUGGUUGACACUAAAAUGUUUAAUAAACAUGUUAUAUGAGAAACCAAGUUAAUAUUUGUUUUUGCAUUAAAGCACAGAUUAUUCAAGUCAUUGUUUUUGAGAUCAGCUUUGUAAAAUGUUUAUACACCACAACAUUCCUGAAGUAAAAAGAAACGAAAACCUUGAGAUAUUCAUGCAUGUAGAAUACUGGCACUUUUUUUUAAACAUUAAACUUCACCAAGAAGUCUC